AUUUUUGUAUUUUAAAACGAAAAUCAAAUAACCACUCGUUUUCAGUUUUUUAAUACCCAUUUCUGAAAGGAAAAUCCAAUGACCAAAACUACACGGACCGAGUUUCAUACCAUCUCCUAAUACACAACCUGACAUUAUGCACUUUCACUAAAAGACUUCUUAAUUUUUCACUAAUUGACUUAAAGACAUCAAGAGCCAUUAUAGAAUCUCAAAACUUUACAAAGAGGAACAAAAUUUGUCCUUUGUGACUAAAAGAGCAAAGUCUUCAUAACAAGGACAACUUCUGAUAUUUAUAACUUCACUCCUUUGGCAAGAAGUGGGCAAAGGAUAGGCAGUUACAUAUAAUGUAUGGAUGGAUAGUCCUGUACAGCUUGAUAUGAUGAAUGAUGAAUUUAGAAUGAACUCUGUGAAAUGUCAGUAACCUCUCAAAACAAAAGUUCAUGGUGAGCAUGUGAAAAAUGUGAAAUGACCUGCUGAACAGAGAGCUAAUGAUCAGAUAAAACACAGGAAAGCACAUGAACAUGAUUUCUUUCUGAUUACAUUCUUAUCAGCAAACCACUGUCUGUUAUGAAGGCAGAACACCGAUACCCGAAAUAAAUGAAAUGUGUUUCCUGAUAAGGUGUUGCUCUUCUUGUUCUUGGGAACAUCAGAGACUCUGAUAUUAAGAGUCUUAACAACUUGAGUGAUCAGUGGUUGGCUAGUUUGUAAACUUGGUUAAAUCUCUUAGCUCUGUAAUUAAAACAUGGCUUUGAUGAACAAGAUGACAAAAUGAUUGAGCUGUUACCUAUUGUAAUAUGUUUGCAAUGUCAUCCAUAUUAGUUGUAACAAAUCUGCUGAGUUGUGAACAAUUUCAACUCUUUUGUUUUGUAAAUUUUGUUUGUGCCUUCACCUGCAAAAUGCAAUUUGUCUGUUAUGUAUUUCAAGUAAAGUACAAAAGGAAAAGAGAAAGUAUGAUAUUCUGGUUGGUGGGAGGAGAGAUUUCUGUCAUGUGAACACAAAGCGUCCGUCCCUUCUGCUGAUGGAGUAUAAAAACUCUGAACACUGAGUGCUCGCUGCUCUUUCUGCCUCCUCAUCCUCAGCAUCCCAGAGCUUCCUGAAGCCAACAACAGUAACACAAGACAGAAGACCAUAAACAACUUCUCCAAUCUGGGCAGCAGCAAGCAGGUCCAGUCAGGAGAUUAUGCCUAGAACCAGCUGGAAAACCAAGGGAAACACACAAACAUCUCCACAGAACUGCUGAAUAAAUCAUCAAAAAUGGGGAACCAACCAUCAGAACAUAACAUGGGUGACAGCCUAAGAUGCCACAUAUGUAAUCAGGUCCUGCCUCCAUGUCACUCAUUCGAUGAUUUAUGCCAACGAACUAUUCAUGGGCGGAAUGUACAUGUAUUCAAUGGAGGUGAAUACUACCGACCAGUUGGUUACAAUAAUUUGUACGAGUGUGAAUAUUGUUUUUAUAAGCCAAUCAGGGAUCAAGAGGAAAGGAGGAGAGAAGAGGAAAGGAGAAGAGAAGAGGAAAGGAGGAGAGAAGAGGAAAGGAGAAGAGAAGAGGAAAGGAGAAGGGAAGAGGAAAGAAGAAGAGAAGAGGAAAGGAAGAGAGAAGAGGAAAGGAGAAGAGAAGAGGAAAGGAGAAGAGAAGAGGAAAGGAGAAGGGAAGAGGAAAGAAGAAGAGAAGAGGAAAGGAAGAGAGAAGAGGAAAGGAGAAGAGAAGAGCAAAGGGCAAAAGAAGCUGAAGAGAAGAAGAGACAAGAACUGAAUCAAAGACUACAAGAAUCGCACCAACAAGCUAAAGAGCAAUAUGAGAAACAACUGAACAGCGACAUUUCAGAAGAAUUUGAAUCGAAGCAAGAUGUUCUAAUCAGGCAUCUGAAAGAGAUCGAGCCUAACUAUGAAUCAGGCAGUGACGAGCUUCUAGAAAUCCUCUCUUUGAAAAGCAGUGUCCCAGUUUCCGAUCUCAGUCUCACUCAGCUGACAGCUGAUCAGCUGGGGAAGAUCCUGUCCGUCCUUGACCAGCUCCUGUUUGAUGAAUGGAUCAGUUCUCCCCCAUCCCUCAGCACUCUGCAGCACACUCAGGUCUUCGUCACAGAGCUGUGUGUCCAGUUUCUGGAGAUAGCUGAGGGAGUAUCUCUAAAAAGCAUCUCCAAUCAGGUCCAUUCUCUGGUGGAGUCCAUCAGCCAGUCAGCAUGUAAUGUCUACGAAGGUUUUCUUUUGACUCAAGCUCUGUAUCUGAACCUGAUGCACUUGUUCAAUGGCAGCCCUGAUACUGACGCAGUCCUCAUAGCCAAACACUGGGCUGAAGAUGAACUUUCCACUGAGAACCUCUUUCUUAUACAGUUCCUGAGCACACUCACAUCAUCACUGCAGAGUGUCGUUGAAAAAGCCUCUGUGUUCAUUUUGAAGAUGGAGAUCCAGUGCUUGAAGCUCCUCUUAUCCACACUCACUCAUCUGAAUGAAACCCACUCAGAGUCCACUCAGAUUCUCCUCAGACUUGUGCAAACAAACCAAUGGACCCCAAUGGAGGCAGUAACCCUGCUCAGAGCCCUGUCACAGAACUACGUAGACGAUGUUUCAAUAACUAAAGUCCUUACAUUGGUACAAGUGCAUGACUUAACGCCACAGUGGACGGAUGAGUCUGGGCACUCUCUCAUUCUGGCUCUGGACGCUGGACCUGAAAGAUUCCAUCAGGAUUUCCAAAAGACUCUCAGAAAGAAAGAUGAGAGUAAUGUAGUUGCAGCUCUGGAAGAAAUAAAAAUGUCAUGGGAUUUGGAUAAUUCCGUGAUUGAUAUGAUAAAAAACAUCACCACUGGUGUCCUGCAAUAUUCAGAAAACGCACCAGAAGAUGCCCCAUUUAUGAAAGAUUCCUUUGAAUGUGUAACGAUGAAUGCAGACCACAUACAGAAGUCUCUGUCUCAGCUCUGUAAAGCAGUGUUUGACACAAAAGGCUGGUGGCCCACAGUGAGGCAGAUGCUGCGGUGGUGUACGCUGGUGCUGACUCAGAAGAGUGGAGCUCUACAGCUGGUUGGUGUGGAAGAAGACCCGUGUGUCACAGCCAUGUUUGCAGCCACACGAGUCUGCAUGGGAAACAAAGUGGACAUUGUGCUGAGCUCUGACGUUCACUCAGAGGAGCGAACUGAGGACUGGUCUGAUUUCUACAAGAACCUUGGAGUUUCUCUCAACACUAACAUGAAGAAAAGGAAUGAAUCCCACAGGGAUGUCUAUGAAGCGGACAUUGUGUAUGGUACCAUCAAUGACUUUGUCUCUGAUUACUUCCAAUAUGGCGCAGAGGUGAUGGAGGCAGGGAACCCGCUGCUUAGUCGUGGAUUUAUCAUUGAAGAACAAAGUCUCAGUCCUUCCUAUAAUCUGGAAUCUUCAGAGCUCAAGGAGAAUGAUUCCCUGGUGUUUACUGAAGAGGUCCUGCAAAAACUCAUGGAUAAAUUUCACAGUGAAGAUAAGGAACUGAGACAGAAGUUUAUUAAAGCUCUUUUUCAGGUGCUGCACACCAACCUAAACAAAGACACAAACACUGACAAUAAAAUCAUCACCAUCUUAGAGAAACUAUCUGGACAGGGAUUGCCUUCUAAUGAGGUCUUCAUUCUGACCUUCCUGGAGAAUCUCCUUAAAGUGGUCACGGAAGAAACAGAAAGUGAGAAAAACAGAACAUCUCCUGCAGGCAGAUGGUGUUUGGAGAUAUUAUUUGACUCUGUGGAGACUUUCCAAGCAUCAACAACUACAAAAGAACUCUUCCAGAUAGUUUUGAAUCUUGAAGCACAAGGACUUUGCUCACCAGUAGAGGCCUUAAACCUCCUUGGAGCAUUAACUGACCACCAUCAUGAUGAAGACUGUAUCUCCAUCAUGACGAUUUUGCAUUUAAUGCAAACAUAUCAGGUUUCUAACAAGUGGACAGAUGAGAACAACAAAUCUCUCCUUGACCUCUUAGAGUCUUCUAGAACUGAAACUCUGAUCAAGCAUUUAGAAGACAGCCUUAGAGAUGAGAAAGCAAAAAGCAUUGAUACUCUUGUUGAUGAAAUACGACAGAUGAAAGACAUUGAUGAACAAACACUGAGUAAAUCAUACAGUGUAGUAACUCAUGUAACAAACCUGAUCAAAACCGGUGAAAUCAAAAAGCACAUAGAUGUACAGCAAGCUAGGAGUCUGAGUCACAGCACAGACACAGAAGACCUUCAGGAAGUCCUGGCAAUCUUAUGCAAUGCUGUACACCUGCAGAUCGCUGAAGGGAAGUGGUGGCCCAGGAACAAUCAAAUGAUAAGCUGGUGCCUCUUGGCCUUAUCUGACACUGGGAAGCUCCUGGAAAUGGGCACUGGAGAAGGAAAGUCUUGUGUCAUAGCAAUGUUUGCAGUGCUGCGUGUGCUUAGGGGUGAAAAGGUAGACGUGGUGUCCAGCUCUUCUGUGUUGUGUCAAAGAGAUGCAGAAGAAUGCACCAACUUCUACAAGUACUUUAACAUAACAGUUGACACAAACACAAACAAAACCGACGACAAGGAUAGAAAAGAAUGCUACCAGAAGGACGUGGUCUAUGGAACUAUCGAGGCCUUCUCUGCAGAUCAUCUUCGCCAGAUAUUUGAGAUGAAGGAUGUGAGGCCUGAUCGCAGCUAUCAGUGCAUCAUAAUCGAUGAAGUGGACUCACUGCUGUUGGACCAGGGAGUGCAGCUGACCUACCUGUCCAGCCCCAUGGUCUCAAUGCAGCACCUGAACGUUAUUCUGGCCAUGAUCUGGGGUCACGUCAGGCAGUAUGGCUUCCUGUCUACAGGAUGCCAGACAUUUGUACAGGGUCCUCCUGCUUCAUUCUUCAAGGCUAUCUUUGACUCAAUAGACACAGAAGAAACUGAAAUUAAUGAUCCAAUGGACAUUUUACACAUCGCUGAAGAAUGCAACACAGUGCCAAAAGGAUUUACAGAGGAAUUCUACCAAAGUGAAAAGGAUGAACUUCUCAGUAAACUUAAAACUGUGAGUCAGGAUGCGGUGGUAGAUUUUUUCCAAGAACUUGAGCAGUAUGUCCCCUAUGGUUUUACUGUUUACACUCUAGAUGAUGAGCGAUUACUCAGUCUUAGAAAGCACAGCCCAUACAACAACGAGGACAUUCCAGACCUCAAAUUUCUUGUCCUGGAGGAAGGCCUGUGCUGUCCUCUCUAUGAUUCAGAAGAAACUCUCAUCAAGCCCAUUGCAGAGUUAAUCUCAGGGAGGCUUCAGUACACCCCAUGUACAAACAAUAAGGACAAAAUCAGCGUUCCUGGUUUCUUGAAGAAUCUGGUGGAGAAGAAAGUGUCAGUGUGGGUUCAGAAUGCCUUUAUGGCAAUGCAACUGAAGGAGGGACGGGAAUAUGUUGUAGAAAACGACAAUGUCUGUCCUGUGGAUUUCAGAUCCACUGGCAUUGUGGAGCUGAAUAAGAAAUGGGGUGAUGGUCUGCAGCAGUUUGUUGAGAUUAAACAUCAAGUCAAACUGAGCACAAUUUCAAUUGUGACAAACUACAUUUCUAACAUCUCUUUUUUUGAGAAGUACAAUAGGAAGAUAUAUGGAACAACUGGGACACUUGGCAGCAAAACAGACAUUCUGUUUUUACAGGACCUGUAUCCAGAUCUCUCUGCCUUGAAAAUGCCAACAUUCAACAGGAAGAAGUUGUUUGAGGUCAAAGGUACUCUUAAGACCUCAGCUGAAGAGUGGAAAUCUGAAAUAAAACGGGUAGUUAUGGCUCAGAUUUCCCCAAAUUCAUACAGAGAUGGAAGAGCAGCCCUGGUGAUCUGCGAGACUAUUAACAAAGCCAAAGAGAUCCAUGAAGAGCUAAAAAAGCAGCAUCCCAGGUGAAAUCAUUCUCUACUGCCGCAGUGACAAUGACAGUCUGAGCAAAAUAGACAAGAAACUGCUUCCUGGUGAUGUCAUUGUUGCCACAAACCUUGCCGGGCGUGGCACAGACAUAAAAGUGUCCAAACAGGUGAACGACAAUGGAGGAUUAUUUGUGAUCCUCUCCUUCCUUUCUGAGAACACAAGAGUGGAACUUCAGGCUUUUGGUCGAACUGCACGUAAAGGUAAACCUGGAUCUGCUCAGAUAAUCUUCUCGAAUGAACACCUGGAGCAGUCUUUCAGGACAGUGUCUUCUCUGGAGGAAGCUAAGAGCACGAGGGAUAGACUUGCAGCAGGAAAGACAAAUCACAUGAUGAACGAUGUCACUGAGUUGAGACUUCGGGAGGACCUGUUCUCAGAGUACUGCAAAACUCUUCAAGAUAUUCAUGAAAACACAGAUGGAGAUGAGAGAAGAGCUGUUGUUGCCGUCAUGAAUGAGUUCUGGGGGAUAUGGUUGCAAAUGAAGUCAGCGGAAAUUGACCAGUUGAAGAGAGAUGAAUUGCAAAAGAGUUUGAAAGCUGAUUUGUCAUGGGCAAAAAGUCAGUCUGAAAGUCAGACUUCACCGUCUUCCAGCAUCUAUCACUACAUAAAGUUUGGAAAUAUCGCACUGAAUGAAAAAAGAUGGAAUGUCAGCAGAAGUCUCUUUGAAAAAGCCAUGAGACAAGAUGAAAGUUGGGCAGCUAUAGCUUUCUACAAUCAUGCAUAUUGCACCAUAAAGCAGAAGAAUGGAGAUAAUAAAGAUUACCUCACUCAGGCAAGAGAUGAUCUAACGAAGGCACAGGAGUCUCUGAAGUAUCUCAGUGAGGAAUCCAUGGUCUGUCUGCAACUUGUGAAAAUGACAUCUGCUGACUCAACCAACAGCAACCCAACCAACCUUGAAAAACAGUUAACAACCAAGAGCAGGAUGUUCAGAUACUUUGACGAAAACAUUACUGAGGCCAUCCAAAAGCUGGAUGAAAUAAAAGGAAAAGACCGACAUGCAGUGGCCAAUAAAUCACCAAUUUUCUCUCUGGUGUCUGGUGCUGAUGAUGAUCUCCAAGUGGAAGCCUAUAACCUCUACAGUCAGGGUCUGAAAUACGUGUUUUCUGUGGAAGAGGAGCCCCGAUUCCCAUGGGAAGCUUUUCUAGUGUUCUGUCUUGGAAUUUUACAGAUUGUUGGAGGAGCUCUGAUAACUGCAUUUACGUUUGGUACAUUAGCUCAAGUUGGCAUGGGACUCAUCAUUGAAGGAAUAUCAGACUGCAUCUAUGGCAUAGAGGCCAUGGUGACAGGAGAUUUCAGCUGGAAAGCAUGGGCUAUAGAAAAAGCCAUUUCCAUUGGUGUGUCUCUCAUUGGGUUUGGAGUUGGAAAGCUGAUCGCAAAGGGCUUCAAAGCUUGUAAAACGUUAAUUAAGGGAAUCGGCAAAAAGCUGAAGUCACUGCCAAAGUUUCUCUCCAAACAGGCUAAAGACACUUUGAGCGUUGUCACAAAGACAAAUAUGAAGAAUACUGUAAAACACACUGCUAAAAAAAUGGUAGAAGAAAUCAUUAACUAUGGAUUUGGUAAGGCAGAAGAGAAAAUACUGUCAGAAAUACUAAACAGCAUUAAAAUCCUUGUGGAAAACGGAAUUGUUGGUGACGUGAAAUCCAACAUGGAAGAAGAACCCUUGGCUACAUUAGUAGACCUUGUUAUCCUCUCAUACGUUGACGAUAAUGAGCAACUUCAUGAUCUCCUGAAGGACAAGAACAAAAAGAAACAACUGCUGGACAUUUUCAGAACAUUAAGCAACACUGCAGUACAGCCUUUCUAUGCAGACCUUGACUGGCAGAACAAGCUGAACUCAUCCUUCUCCACAGUGAUUGACAGUGCUAAAAAAGAGGCAAAGGGAACAUUACGUGGGAUUCUAACAGCCAUCCAAGUUUUCCACAUGGGGGCACUGGCAGGAGACGCCAUCAGUGUAGUCUCCAGUCUCUCCAGAAAGUUUUUUUCAAACUUUCAGGAACAACUGACU